AUGAAGCUCCACAUAAUUUUUCUUGUCCUCACAGCGUCCGCUUUGAGCACUGAAGCAAUUAGAAAUGGACAAAUCUGGCAAGACGCUCCUUAUAUGGCUCGUUUCGUUGUUAGUUUUGGAAUAACUAAUCUUGAAGCAGGUGGAUCAAUUUUUUCACAUCGUCACAUUCUCAUAACUGGUGUGUUUGCCGAUCCGGUACUUACUGUACCUAAUGUUUGGGUUGGAGGAUCAACGAGAACAACUCAAAGAGCUGUUGCAGUUCAAUCACGUGCUCGACAUCCCAACUUCUCGCUUUUCCCUCUGACUAACGAUAUUGGAAUCGUUACACUUAACGCUGAUCUGGUUUUCGAUAGAUUUGUUCGGCCAAUCGCAUUACCACCUCUUGGAACGUCAAUGAUUCCAUACGAUAACGAACAAGGAACAGCUUUAGGCUUUGGUGGAGUUCCUGGUGUUGCCAAUACAACAGAACAUCUUCAAGCUGCAUUUAUGAGAGCGACGACACCUGCAAGGUGCAAUUCAUUUUUCCAACAUUCAGUGGCACAACAAUUUUGUGCUGAAGACGCGCGUUUGAGAUCAGAAGUUUGUGUCGGUGAUAUCGGCGGUCCAUUUGUCGUUUUACGCCGUGGUGAAGAAGUUUUGGUUGGCGUUAUUUCGCUUGAUUUUUGUGAUGCUACCUUUCCAUCUGAGCCAGCUCUCUUCACAAGAGUGUCUGCGUACAGAACGUGGAUUAAUCAAGUGACAUCAGUGUGAUUAUGAAUUUUUUGAAUUAAAUGUUCAUAUUUUCAAUCUUUAUUCAAUUUUAAAUUUAUUAAAUAAUAAAAAGAAUUUUCAAUCAAAAAAGAUUAAAAGAUA